UUUGAUUAACAAAAGCCUCCCUGUCAUAUAGGUAGGUUGGCUACAGUCCGUUUUUAUUUCUCACCUCGUGUUGAUUUGUAAUUCAUGCCAGAAUACGAGGUCAGCAGACUUUUCAGCUUUGAAAUAGGUUACAGUUUACUGUCUGAUUGAUUUGCAGUUAAAAAGUAAAUGAACAAAACUACAACAAAAUCUUACAGAUUCUGUUUAGGGCCUAUACCUAUAUGCACUAUUGAACUAACGGAACUAAAGUCUGACGUUAUGUUCGGUGCAUUGGAUCAGAGCCUACUGGUGGAAAGCUGUGCUGUGAUGUCCUAUUCGUUGUGAGCGACAUGGACAACAGACUGGGUCAGGGUGAUGAAGAGGAGGGAGAUGUGGGGACGCUGUGGCACUCUUUGGACUGGCUUACGUCCUGUGUGAUGGUGGUUGGAGGGGCUCUGCCCUACGCCUCACAGUACCAGCAGAUCCUUCGGACCAAGAACACAGACGGCUUCUCUACACGCGUCUGCCUGGUUCUGCUGGUCGCUAACAUCCUCCGCAUCCUCUUCUGGUUUGGGAAGCAGUUUGAGGUGACUCUGCUCCUGCAGAGUGUGGUGAUGAUUCUCACCAUGCUGGUGAUGCUCAACCUCUGCUGCUCUGUACAGAACACCAACCGUAUCAGCACCAAACAGCACCACAUCACAGAUCUGGAACCCCGGUUCUUUUGGAGCUGGGAUGGCUUUGAGGACUACCUCAUCUUCCUGUUGGCCUUCACGCUGCCCUGUGCCUUCACCACCCUUCUCCUCCUGGACUCCUCUCUGUUUGUUGAGUCCCUGGGCUUCCUGGCCGUGCUGACGGAGGCCAUGCUGGGGCUACCACAGCUGCUCCAGAACCAACGCAACCACUCCACCACCGGCAUGAGUGUGAACAUGGUCCUACUGUGGAUGGCCGGGGACAGCUUCAAGACGGCCUACUUUGCCCUGAAGGAGAGCCCGCUCCAGUUCCUGUUGUGUGGGUUGACUCAGGUACUGGUGGAUCUGGCUAUCCUCUAUCAAGUGUGUCUCUACAGCCAAGACCCCUGGGACAAACUGGCUUAGCUAACUCUAACCCUAGCUAUCUCCAACCCUAGCUAUCUCUAACCCUAGCUAUCUCUAACCCUAGCUAACUCUAACCCUAGCUAACUCUAACCCUAGCUAACUCUAACCCUAGCUAUCUCUAACCCUAGCUAACUCUAACCCUAGCUAACUCUAACCCUAGCUAUCUCUAACCCUAGCUAUCUCUAACCCUAGCUAUCUCUAACCCUAGCUAACU